GCUCACACACUAACUCCUAGCACCCUACAAAUACGCACACAACCUAACAACUCGUGUUACAAUAAUUAACUCAACUCGGUAAAUAACUGUACACUACUCGUGUCAAUGACAACGCGCUUGGUGAGCGACUCGGCUGCCUGGUGAGUGUCCAGUGAGCCACAGUGCCUGACCCGACGACCUGAAUCGGUGACCUUGUCCGCUGAGGGUAUAGGCUGGCAGGUGAACAAGGAUCCGGUCAUCACCAUGAGCAAGGCGAAGGACGCGACAGCCCCCGGAGUGAUUUUAAAUUACCUGAAUCACCAGAAUCGCCCAUACAGUGCUCAAGAUAUACAGGGAAACCUGAACAAGCAACAUGCAUUCGGAAAGACGGCUGUGGUAAAAGCCCUGGACCAACUUGCUCAGGAAGGGCAGAUCAAAGAGAAAGUUUAUGGAAAGCAGAAGAUUUACUUUGCCAACCAGGAUCAGUUUCCGAUAGUUGCAGAUAAUGAACUGAAGGACCUGGAUCAGAAGGUCGUGGAGCUCAAUCAAGGGAUAAAGGAGAAUCAGCAGGUCUGCAAGGAGCUGGAGACAGAACUGCGAGGAUUGACUAACUCCAUGGUCACUGAAGACCUAAAGGGGGAGACAGAGCGGCUGCGUGCAGACUGCUCCGCACUAGAGGAGCGGCUCAACACGAUCAAAAACUCUUCUCAUGUCGUCACGCCGGAGGAGAAGGAAGAGGUGUACAAACAUAGAGUUCAAUAUGUGAAGGAGUGGAGAAGAAGAAAGAGAAUGGCUACAGAUAUGAUUGAUGCAGUUUUGGAAGGCUACCCUAAGACAAAAAAACACUUUUACGAGGAAGUUGGCAUUGAAACAGAUGAUGAUCACAAGGUGACCAUCCCCAACAUUUAAAUUCAGUACAACUGCUUUCAUGACUUUAAUAAACGAUUGUACAGUU